GCCACAAGUUUAUAAACCAUAAACUAACAAACCAUACAAGACAACAUGGAGAAACCUCAACUAGGACACGAUUCACUAGGCCACCGGAUUUCCAACUCCGGACCUAUAUCAAUCCUUGCGUAUUGCUUAUCGUCAAUUUUGAUGACGGUAACUAAUAAAUAUGUGCUUUCUGGAUUUAGUUUUAAUUUGAAUUUCUUUCUAUUGGCGGUACAAUGUUUUGUAUGUAUUGUUACGAUCGGAACUUUGAAGGUCAGUGGGAUAAUUACCUAUCGAAACUUCAACUUGGAUGAAGCUAGGAAAUGGUCUCCUAUUGCCGUUUUGUUAGUGGCUAUGAUAUACACCGGGUCCAAGGCUAUUCAAUAUUUGAGUAUUCCAGUGUAUACGAUUUUUAAGAAUUUGACAAUUAUUUUGAUUGCAUAUGGUGAAGUCUUGUGGUUCGGCGGCAAGGUCACUGCCAUGGCGUUGAGUUCUUUCUUACUUAUGGUUUUCUCGUCAGUUAUUGCCUAUUAUGGAGACAAUGUUGAAGUCCAGACAGAAACAGAUGCAUUUACCUUGUAUAGAGGGUAUAUUUGGAUGUUUGUCAACUGUUUUGCGUCCGCUUCGUUUGUGUUGAUUAUGAGAAAGAGAAUCAAGUUGACUAAUUUCAAGGACUUUGAUACAAUGUACUAUAACAACUUGUUGGCUAUUCCUAUUUUAUUGGUUGCUUCGUUAUUGCUUGAAGAUUGGUCUCCAGCUAAUUUGGAAGUGAAUUUCCCUAGUGAUAAUAGAGCAACUACGGUUGCAGCCAUGGUUCUUUCUGGUGUUUCCUCCGUGGGUAUCUCAUAUUGUUCCGCCUGGUGUGUUCGAGUUACUUCCUCAACCACCUAUUCUAUGGUGGGUGCAUUGAACAAGUUGCCGAUUGCAUUAACUGGUUUAGUAUUUUUUGAUGCUGCGAUCAACUUUUGGUCUGUGAGUUCGAUCUUUGUCGGGUUUGCUGCAGGGUUAGUUUAUGCUACUGCCAAGCAAAGACAAAUAAAGGAGGAACAAGCUACAUUGCCAAGUCAUACCAAGUAGAUGUUUAUACUAAUAGACGUAAGAGCUUCUCUC